AUGGGUAGUCUGAAAAACAAGAAUUGUUUAUGGCGAAAGUUUUCGACUGAUGCCACAGACCUCGUUGAAAUCAGAACAUUGGUUCAGGAAAGGAAAGCACUGCCACCUGAUGUACCGAACGUCGAACGUUUGUGCACUGCACUGGCGCCUGCUCGUUCUGAUGGAACCAUUGGUGAAUCAAUCGCUUUGGUUACCAAUCACUUUGCGAUGACUGUACCAAACGAUGCGGUGGUUUUUCGUUACGACGUGGACGUGACUUUGUGGAGAGGAUGGAUCCAAGAUUCGCUCACCGGCUCAGUCACGGAUCAUCGUGCCAAAAGAACGCAUGAUAAGUUAGAAAGCCGUCGAAUGUGUUAUGCUCUUUACGAAAAACUGUUCAUCGCAUACCGGAACACGUUCAAGAAUCGAUAUGAAGUGUUCUAUGACGGAAGCAGAAACCUCUCUCCACUAGCAACUUCGUUCAUGAAAAUCAAUGGUGAUGAGGCCGUCAUGAAGAUAAGGCCAUGUCAGCCUUUGUAUGUCAACGCUUCGGACAUCGUCAGUGGUUUCGCCGGAAAUUUCAUAGAUUUUGAUCGCACGGCCCUUCAGAUUUUCGACCUAAUCACAAGCAUGCGGCUGAAUCUUAAUCUCGGAAAGGAAAACUACUCUCAGUUUGGCCAAUUUUACUUUACACCUUUGGGAGCAGUUCGCCUCGGAGCGGGCAAGCAGCUUUACGAUGGUUUGUUCAAAUACGUCAGACCAGUGACUGUCUUUGGGUCGAUGUCUGAGCCAUGUUCUGACGCUUAUCGUUGA